CUCGCUGCUGAGACACUCGAAAGGUCCAAUCUUUGGGUGAUAGGUGAUCUUGUUCUGUUCUGGGUCGGACCAAGUUUUGAAAGAAUGACCUGUUUCGACGCCGUGAGCAGCUGGUGGAGAAGCCACGGGACGUGGCGAAUGGUGUACCUUCUCUUCCUGGGUCAGGUCGUCUCUUUCGUAAUGGCACUCGGGAGCUUCUCUUCUUCUCUGAUAGCUGAUCUCGGUGUGGAUGCGCCUCUCACUCAGAUGUUCUUUGCUUAUUUAGCUCUGGCUCUGGUUUUCGGAAGCAUCUUGCUUUACAGGCGACGCAGGCUUCUAGUUUCAUGGUACUGGUAUCUGCUUUUGGGAAUAGUUGACGUCCAAGGAAAUUAUUUGGUUAACAAGGCAUACCAGUACUCAUCGAUUACGAGUGUGACGCUUCUGGAUUGCUGGACAAUAGCGUGGGUCCUAGUCCUGACCAGGGUGUUUCUAGGAACUCGGUACUCGCUGUUGCAGUUGUUUGGAGCCGCAUUGUGUAUUCUAGGCCUUGGCUUAGUACUUCUGUCUGAUGCUGGAGUGGGAGGAGGAGGCGGUUCAAAACCUCUUUUGGGAGACAUACUUGUUAUUGGUGGGACUGUCUUCUAUGCCAUUAGCAAUGUCGGUGAGGAAUUCUGCGUAAAGAAAAAGGAUCUAGUGGAAGUAGUGUCCAUGAUUGGACUUUAUGGAUCACUAGUCAGUGUGGUUGAGAUAUCCAUAUUUGAAAGGCAGAGUAUUGAAUCUAUCACGUGGUCUACAGAACUUGUACUAGCUUUUGUUGGUUAUGCUCUGUCAUGCUUUGCAUUCUGCACAUUUGCUCCUUCAGUCCUGAAGAUGAGUGGAGCCGCAAUGUUCAAUCUCGCUCUACUCACAUCUGAUAUGUGGGCAGUUGUUGUACGCAUCCUCAUCUAUAAUCAGCAGGUUGACAGGUUAUACUAUCUUGCUUUCGCCAUCGUGGUAGUUGGCUUGGUCAUUUACUCGAAAAAUGAGAAGGAACCUGAAGUUGUACAUGCCAUUGAGGAUGGAAACCUGACACAUUAUCAAGUGCUUAACAAUGGAAGUGCAGUUUCCCCUGAGGAAUCUUUGACCUCAUGAUGCAAGUUGCCACUUUGCAUUACAAUUGACUGUCCUCAUCUUAGUAAACUCAAUGGAGAGAGGCUCUGCUUUGGCAUGAUGCGAUCAACUUCCACUGGGUCACCAAAACCAUGGUAUGGCCACAUUCUAUAUGUGAGGUUCUAGUUCAUCAUGUUGCUGAGCAGAAAAGGCAAUUUAUACACGAGAAAGUCUGAAGCAAGAAGCUAGGGCUUCUUUAAUGCAGAAUGAGUAAAUAAAAUUGAUUUAGGCCCUGACUUUGUUGUGAGAUUCACAUGAAUAUAAAACUGAAUGCAGAGAAACUCACUCUUGGUCAUUUGGAUUACUCACCCAUUUUGAUGUGGCAGUGUUUCCUGCAGUCAUUAUGUACUUGUAUAGCUAGUAAAACGUACAGUUGAUUCCAUCAACACAUGUUAUGUGGUGGUCUUCUUCAUCAACAGGGAUCAUUCCUAACAAGAGCACAUGCAAAGAUCCCACAGAGAAGACGGGAGGGUCAUCGACCCAAUCGACUAGAUCGAUCAUCUUCUUUAAAUGGACUGCAACCUGACUUGCACGUUCACUAGCACUUCUUCUAUUUGACUGAAACAUCAUUCUCAUAA